AUGCGCUGUGAGCCUGCAGAUCUACCUCCCAGUUUGCGUGAUUUCAACUGCGACCUUCGCUUCCGGAACUCAUCACAGGCUUCUACUGGUUGGACCUGCGCUGAGCUCCUGGGGAGUAUGGGGGGUCGCCUGGCAUGCUGGAUUACCUCACCGCUCACAUCGUGCAUGCGGGAACUGAUAGCUGCAGCUCCCUCUCAUGCCUUCAUCAACAUUUAUCUGGCCGCGAUCUUCCGCACCCCUGCCUUCGUCAACGCCUUGAUUGGCUCCUCUGCCCAUCACUCUAAGCGUUCCACCAUGGCGAAGGUCAAGGCAGCCCUCGCAUGGUAUGGAGGUCACCCGGCCGCCCUGGUGGAUUCCUCCACGCGGGCUGGCCGCGUCCUUCGUGGCCGUCUCCGGCCCUUGCCGUUGGCCCAAGCCAAAGCUUUGCUGGUUGCGUAUUUCCGCGACACGCCCAGCAAAGUCCUUCUGAAGGACGGCCAGGCAUGGCGCCCAAAACGCGAAAUUACAAAAGACAUCUCGGCGCUUCCGCGUUUUGGGCCCUUCGCCACUUCGGUUUUCUGGCCCUACUAUCUCAUUGCGGUCCAGUACCCGUCUUACCUCGAUGGCACCUUUGCUGCCACCGGCCCUGGCUGCCGCACCGGGGCCAACUGGCUCAGCGGCGCCCCGCCCGAUUUCUGCAAGGGAUCUCAGGGCGCAGCUGUCGCAAAUUACUUCGCUUGGCAGCUGGAAUCCUUAGGAGCUUAUUUCAGCCGUAGCGACUUCCUCAAGAAGUCCCCCCUCGACCCGGCAGUCCUCGCAACCGUCAAGGAGGAACUGCGCCUCCACCUCUCCACACUUGAAGGGCGCCGCUCCACGGCUCUCCCCUUCUGGCCGACCCUGCGUUCCGCGAUACUGCGCAUCGUGCCAUUCGCCUUGGGCUUCUCCUUGCAGAGCGUAGCCUUGACAGCAUUCUACCGGCACCCCCAAAUCAGAACACCGUGCCGCUUCCCCCGGCCGCCGCUUCAGACCCGCAGGGUCGCCAGGGCAGCCGCUCACGCACUCCGCAAGCCAGCACUUCGCAGCGCCCUCCUCGUCACCCUGUGGGUGCUGCUGAUGCUCACAUCCCGGUGUCCUCUCAGCCCCCUGGUGCCAGCCCUAAACGCCUGCCACGCUCUCGUAGCAGCCUUCUGGUGCCUGAUACACGCGUUGCGCCAAGCCGUGCUACGCACCUUGCAACUAAUCGCACCUCCAAGACGAGUCCCAUCGGCUGUCCAGCGCCUGAGCAACGCAACCCAGCCAAUGCCAACCAGAGUUACAGUUCUCGUGGCCGGAGCCCGGUACGUGCUGACGCGCCGCAGGCAAGUCGCCCCAAAGGCCGUGUGCCUUGGCCACCUGCCCGUCGGACUCGCACGGGACAGCCUGCCGCAGGUGGCGACUCACGUUGAGACAUCAUCGCUGCCUGAGCAUGAACAGCCACCUCUCCCUGAGUCUGCCCCUCCGCCUUUCCCUGCGGCAGCCCCGGCUAUGACACUGGCUCCCUCCGUGCAAUUCCCGCCCGGGUUUUACAUCAUCGGGUUGCCAACGCGCCCGAGCCUGAGUCAACUCGAUAUCAUAUUUGGGUCAGUCUCCGCGCUGUCUCCCGCGCUGGCAAGCCUCAUACCCAAGUUUCAGCUCGCUCCAGUGCAGCGCAAAGGCACAUAUCAUCGGACUGCACCCUUUUUCCUCACCCAUCCGGCAUUCGCUGACGCUGGCGUUAUCCGGCGCAUCAUGACCCAGCUCAAAGAGUCGGGUGAGGUUGACUCUAAGGGGCGUGCCCGGGUGUCUACUCCCGCCGGUGUGCUCAAAGUCUCUAUCGCCACCUGCUCUGUCCGCCCAACCCGUGCGGCUGUCACCACUAUUCCCGCAUCGGAGCGUGCCUCCCUGCAAGUGGACGUCUCUCCCAACUCGCCUCCGACCCUGCCGCAGUGCCUGUCCCGGAUCCAGGCCGUGGCUUAUUUCGGGACGGCUCAGGAACCUCCUCGUGUGUGCAUCUGCUGCCAUCAAUCCUUGGCGGAAGGUGAAGCCUUACUCCGCCUCCAUUGCUUCCAUGUGGUGCACAUUGACUGCAUGGAGCGGUGGGUCGCCACCCCGCAUGCUCGGGGCCGCUGCCCCGAGUGCAACAGCCAAGUCAUGCCCCUCCCAGAGUCAGACGCUUCGGACUGCUCUUCGGUAGAUGAGUCUGACCCUCACGUCCUGCCUAGCCGCCAAACUGCUCGGAUUGGCCAAGCUGUCACCUUGCCCAACUUCUCUGGGCGACCUAUCGGAGACGACGUCUCCUGGAAGGGAAGCAGCGCUGUCCGAGUGGUUGCCAUCCAAUGCGGCAGCUCAGGCAUGGACCGGUACCAAUGGGGCCUUCGGUUCGGCGAGAGCCUAGCCCACCUCGGUGCCGACAUAGGCAUACUUUCUGAAACGGGCCUUCGCAGCGAAGCCCAUCACACCUUUGCUGUGAAAGGCCUCCUAUCUCGUGGGUAUCAGGCAAUCAGUCAUGGGCGGCCGCCCGGGGACCCCUGCGCAGAUGGGUCUGGCGUCCUAUUGGCCGUUCGCUCCGGCUACCUGGACACUGGUCCCACGUCGCAAAAGACAACUCCGGGCGCGCCCUCGCUGCCACUCUACUUGCCUCUUCCGGCCUUUCACUGCGUGUGGUGGCCGUCUACGCUCGACUCCAUUUGGUGGUUGCCCUCUCCGAACCACGAACUUCAAGUCCUCAAUGCGGCCAUCCUGUGGAAUUGGGACCGCCGCGCUGACCACGACCCAGUCAUUGCCGACCUCAACCUCCAACUUCCCAUGGUUGCUCUGAGUGACAUUGCACAAGCGCUCCAUGUCGCUCAGCAGAUGUGGGAAUCCCUCCCGCAACCACCUUGCGAAGGCCUGGAUGGCAUCCUUGGCCACGCGCCUGCCAACUGCAUCAAUGCCCUUGACGAGCUUAUUGCUUUCGCUCUGUCGCAAUAUGCCAGCACCUCCUCUCUGCACUUGCGGGACAUGCGCAAAGAGCAACUCCUUCUCUUGCGGGAGGGCCAGGUCUCAGCGUGGGCGAAAAAGUUGCGCCCCGCCCAGCCCCCGUCGGCGAAGUAUGCCCCUGACUGGAUCACUUCUCCCAACGGGUGUCGCCGCCGCCCUUCCUCGGCCUCCGACGUCCGCCUGGGGGCGCAGCAGGAGUGGUGCCGGCUACUUCAUGAGCCCGCGACUCCCUGGCAGCACCAAAUCGUGCUCCGUUUCCGUACUGCCCAUCCUGCGCAACGUGGAGCUCUCAACACUGACUUUCUCUCCAAGUCGGUGUCUGACGCUCAACUGGCUACCAUCUCUACUGCUUUUCUGCAACCUGGGCCCUGGCGCCUCUGCCACGCCACCCCUCGCAUUUCGUGCUCCAGUAUUCGGGUGGGGCCUUGGCUCCUGACACGGGACACGCAGACGCUGACUGGCUUGCUGCUCUCCCUGGUCCCUGAGCGAUCCGCGUUGCUCAGUCGUUUCCGUGGCUCGCGCCCUGGGCCGAGCGGCUGGAAGGUCUGCUUCAUCUCGGCCUUCCCCGUUGCCGUGCAACAACUCUACUUGAUUCGCUCCUUCGGAACUGUGCCACCUUCCUUGCUCAAUGCCGAGCAGGUCCACCUACCCAAACCUUCUGGGGGUUGGCGCCCCCUCUCCAUGCUCGAAGAGUCGCUCAAGGCAAUUGAAGCACCGGUGGCUGGCAGGCUCUCAGCUGGGCGCAGCCCCUGGUUCUCUGAUGAGCCUCACAGCCAUUUGAACCGGGCGUACUCCAAAGGAGUAGCAGCCGCUGCUGAGGUUCUCUACCUCGAUUGCCUCGUCUGUGAAGACUCCCUGCGGUCUGGCCUUCCUCUCCUUCGAAUCCCUGCAGACUACGAGAAAUUUUUCAAUGUUCUGCAACGGACCGAGGUUGACGCCGUUCAACAGGGCCGCGGCACCCCAGACGCAGUUCGCAGACUACAUCACGCGCUCUUCUCAGGCAUGCAAGUCGCCUUGUCCACCCGCUCCGGCCUCACCCUGCCUGUCUCUGUGGAGCGGGGCGUCCCUCAAGGCGCAGUCUCAUCACCCGAAGCCUCUCGUUCAGCACAGGACCCACUCCUCCGCCUCCGGGCAGCUGAUGGCGCAGCGUACGUCACCAGCAGCGGCCGUCGUGUCGCUGUGGUGGGAUACGCCGAUGACAUCGAGCAUUACGGUCGAGGUCUGUCCGACCUCCCCACCAUCCUCCACAGCCUCGAGUCAGGCAGCCAGGUAUCUGGCGUUGGUUUUGCGUGGUCCAAAUUCUCUGCUUUUGCAUCUGAUUGGGACGCCGCCAUGCCUCACAUGGACCCGUCAGCCGGCGUCUCUGAGUCAGGGGCUACGGUGCGCAGUUGGGACAUCUGGCAGGGAAGCAUGCGCACCUUCUCCCUCCCCCGCUCCACGGCUGCCGAUCCUGAUAAACUGCUAGGUAAGCGUGGUACCCCACUGGACAGGCACACCCUAGCCCGUGAAGAUCUCCUAGCCAAACUGUCCUCGGUUCGCGCACGUCUAUCCUGCAAGUGCUGUGCCUGGGACGAAAUAGCCGCCAUGAUCCAGUGGAUUCUUGGCGGUGUCCUCGGCUACGGUGCCCUGCUCGGAAUUCCUCCGACUGGGGUCCCUCUAGUGUCCGAGCUGAUGGUCGCUGCUGUGGCAGCGGAUUUGCUGGUGCUGCUUAACGGUACCUCGCAAGCCGCUUCCCUCGCUCGGGACCAGCUUAAGCAAGCUCUGCUUUCUGAGCCAGAUGAGAUCGCCCAGCAUCACGGGCUACUCGUAGAUGCCUUACACUUUCUGUCUGGGUACGGCCUUCAUCUUACUCUGUCAACAGACCGCUUCGUCUCCCGCAUGCUGGACUAUCUGGUCACUGCUCCCGGCCACCCCCUGCAAGGCAUUUUUCAAUCCGCCAAGUUCGAUGCAGCUGCUCGCGCAUCACGUUGCAGUCUCGUGUCAGUCUGCGUCCGGUCUGCGUACAGGCGAGCCGUAGGCUCUGGCGUCGCAGAAGCACAAUGGGGCUUGCCCGCCAUGUGGCGUCAAUUCCUCCCUGAACAUGCGCCCAUUUCACCUGUGGCCUGCGCUGAAGCCGCCGCCAAAGCACUGGCGCAAUCAGCCUUGGACUGGCAAUCAGAAUGCUGCAUUUUUCAUGUGCCUUCCCACCCCUCCCCCCCCGAGGACUGGUCAGACCAUGCCUGGGUUGACCCUUGGCACCUUGAUUGUGACUCCAGAUCAUCCCUGCUGCUUUCUCCGCUCACGCAAGCUCCUAUUCACGCCGACGCAGCUCUAUACGGGGAUGGGGGUUUCUCUAACUCAGCAGGUGCCACUUUUUCAUGCCAAUCUCGGGACUUCGGUCGCCCUGGUGAAUAUUGGCUCUCAUCUUCCUUCGUCUCUCGACAGCUCAAUGGCAGGCUUCCUUCACGGUACGGUUGGGAACACAGCUCCAUCCACACAGCAGAGCUACACGCUUUGGUCUGUUCCCUCCGUUUCCGACGCGCCGGCCAGUGGCACCUCCUCGUGUUCGACAGAAGUUCCCUCUUCCAGGUCCUGCGUACUGCUAUGAUAGGCUCCCUGCAACGCAUCCUGUCCUCUGCGUGCAUCCCGCACGUCGGGCACCUGAAGCGCUCUCUACUGUACCUCGGUAAAGCCUGGCGCGCAGAUUGCGCCCCCCACCCCUUCCCUGUGCUGGUGCAAGGCAAUGAGGCCCAAGACCAAGGCUGCUCCUCUGCACGCUCUAUGCCCCUACCCGCGGAUGUCAAGUAUCCCAGCGGAGAUCUCUUCGCCUGGUUCUCUGUGGACGGGCGCAUGGUCACGUCCCCCAUACGUGUACAUGUCCGAGAAUCACUUCGCAAGGAAAGCCUGCAGUCCUGGGCAUCCCGCCCAGUGCAGGGUUUUCUUCCUCGUAGGGCGGCGGAAAUCUUCCAACCUUCCCUAGACCCCGCCCUGUACACCCGUUGCGUCUUCACCAGUCGCUGGAUGCGCUGGUCAUUGCCUUCCGACACCUUCCCUCUUGAUUUAUCGGCGAUGGCUUACCGCUGCCAGCGCGCCAUAGGCGGAAGCUGGACAGAACAGCUUCACUCGCAUGCCGACGCUGCCACCCUAGCCGGUCAGUGGAGCCAGCAAGAGCAGUGGCCUUCCCCCCGCACCUGCCCGCUCUGUCGUGAGGGGCCAGGUACCCCUCGACACGUCGUCAUGGCCUGCCCCGCAAUGGCUCCAUUAGUAGACAUCCUGCGUGAUGACGUAGAGGCAGAGCUCCAAGCAAUCCAGCCGCUUCCCGCCCUACAAGCUGCCGCCCACACGUGGCGCCAACGCCUGCAUUCCACUGCUCCAACAUCCCUUCCUCCACCCUGCUCCGAUGGAGCUGCGGUGCGUUGGCCAGUGCUCUCAGCUUGGCGUUGGCUCGUUCCCCUUCCGGGCUGGGAAGCCAAUCUUUCCACCGAUGUGGCCGGCAGCAGCAGAGUCGCCACCAACCGGGAAAGAGGUAGUGAUCUGGCGUACCGGGGUGUCAUCCCCCGCUUCCUGGGGGUAUCGCUGUGCAACCUAUCCCCCCACGAGGCAGACAGCCUGCGACAAGCAGAGCUCGAGCUCUAUGCCACCCUUCGCCAGCCGGGGGCCUUGCAGCAUGAACUCCAGCUCUUGUCCAAGAGUCGGACUGCCAUUCUUCCCGCGGUACGCCUCACGCAGUGCCUGCUGCUCGGCCUCCGGAAACUUCGGCAGGCUUACCAGGCACGCACUACCACUUGGCUAGCUCUGUGCCGUGCUGCUCUGCCAGCUGCUGAUGGCGAUAUGCCCGGGGAAGGUCAGGUUGUUGACCGACCGCCGCUCCGUAAUUCAUCUUCUUCCCUCACAGCCUGGCUCCAGUCCGACGCAGGACAAAGACUCAUCCGUGAGCUGCGCUGGGCUUUGCUUCGGCCUGAGGCCGCUGCGGCACGUCUCCGAUCUAUGCAUCCCUGUGGGCGCCUUUCAGAUUCUACCAUCAUCAGCCUGCUCCUCCAACAUGGCGGUGCCAUCAUCUCCGAAACGCUGCCGUCCUGGGCCCCAGAAUUACCCUCGUGGUCAGAGGCCUCCUCAGCCCUGGCAGUGCCCUGCACCUGUGUCCCGGUGCUUCCUGCACCUUUAGCCUGCUGCUGGACUUGCGGUGGGGUGCGUCUCCCGGAGCUGCCCUUUGUGCCCCUACCUUGCAUCUGGUGCAAACAGUCUGGUCCUGCGGCAUGCGUGUCCUGCAACAUCACCGUUCACCCCAGGGGAUCCUGCCGCUGGUGGUGCACAUCGGGCCUACCACAGCUCCUCCCCAGCGCUCCAGCUGAGCUACUGUCGCACCUCCGUGCUGCGGCCGAACAGUGCCAGCAAGGUGCCGGGUCCUCGGCCGUGCACAAACCAGCCCUCCGCCUCAAGCACAUUCGCAGGUGGGCUUUGGCCUUCAUACGCCGUCACGGCGGCACGUCCGUCACUGCUCUUCAGCAGGAGCUUUGCCGUAGAGAGCCCAGCCUUGCUGACGAUGCAGCCAAUCGGCUCGUACUCUCAGCCUCUCGAGCACUGUGUGCCGAAGGCCACGCCUACUUAGAGCGAGACACGCUCUGCCCGGCGCUCGAGUAA